AUGAAGCACGCCAGGGCUGGGAUGUGCUCCCCACCAGACAGCAUUCCCUUGCUGCAACUCAUGGUACAGCUCCUCAACGCAAAGAAAAUUGUGGAAGUGGGCGUCUUUACCGGCUACACAAGCCUUGGCAUGGCCCUGGCUCUUCCUGAGGGUGGGAAGGUCUACGCACUUGACAUCUCUGAUGACUACGCCUCUGUAGGCAAGCCAUUCUGGAGGGCUGCUGGAGUGGAAGACAAGAUUGAUCUGCUGAUCGCACCUGCGUCUGAGACUCUCAGUGGAUUCCUGCAGAAUGGGCAAGAAGGAACCUUCGACAUGGGUUUCAUCGACGCGGACAAGCCUGGAUAUGACGAUUACUACGAGAAACUGCUGAAGCUGCUUCGGCCUGGGGGCGUCAUUGUUGUUGACAAUACCCUUUGGGACGGCAUGGUCAUCAAGUCUGAGUGCCAAGAUGACAACACCCUGGCCAUCAGAGCGCUCAACGACAAGAUCCACAAGGAUGACAGGGUGACAAUCUGCAUGCUGCCAGUCUCAGAUGGAGUUACCCUUGCACUCAAGAAGUAA